CCACCCCCCCCCUUUGUGACACCACGCGGUUCUUCUCCCUCCUUCCAGCCAGCAGCCCCGAACAGAGCUUUGAUGGAGAUGGGAGCCCCUCGAUGCCGAACACGGGGUCCAGCUGAACCCACCCCAUGUCCCCCCCGCCCGGCUGGUCUUCCCCCUGAGGCCUCCUGGGCUAUGGGGCGGCCAGAUCCCGGGCUUGUCCUGCAGCUGCUGGAAUGUCCCUUCCUGGGGUUUGGUUCCUGCACACAGAAGCGGGGCGAUGGCAGCUGGGCAGGGCCAGGCUGCAGCACCCGGCGUGCAGAAAAUGAAAGCAAGCGAGCGAGCGGAGGCUCUGGGUCUGCCCCUUUCCUGUUUUCGGUUUUGCAGCUCCGGUUUCAGUCCUGGCCCUGCACAGGGCCCCCAGGGCCUGCUGGGCUGGGACACCCACCCGCAGGGACAUCACCGCUGGGAGUGCCACCAGUACAGGGACACCUCCGGGACAGGGACACCACCAGCGGGGACCCCCCAGUUCCUGAUGGACAUGAGCCGCGACGCCUUUGAUGACCAGUACGAGGGGUGCACGGAGGCGAUGGAGGCGGCGGGGCCGGCGCUGCUGGAGCAGGAGCAGGCGCGGGGCAGGUCCAGGCUCUUCAGCAGGGUCUGGGCACGUGCCGGGGAGCGGUGGCAGCAGGUGAAGGGCUCACUGGCUGCCCGCCUGCCCCCCGGCUUCAAGGAUGAGUACGGCCAGGCCGUGAUCGCGUACACGGACAACAGCCUGCACUACUUCUUCAACACGGCCAUGCGGGCGGCCGGGCGGUCGCGGGCCACCUACAACGCCAGCUUCCCCUUCAAGGCGCUGCACUUCUACCUGACCAGAGCCCUGCAGCUGCUGCGGGGCCCCUGUGAGACCACCUACAGGACACCGGUGUACCGGGGCAUCGCCCACACCCGCUACCAGCUGCAGGGCGCCAGCCCCUUCAGGUUCGGCUCCUUCGCCUCCUCCUCCUUCAGGAGGGAGCAGGCAGAGAGCUUUGGGCAGGACACGUUCCUCAGCAUCCGCAGCUGCUUUGGGGUCCCCAUCCACGCCUUCUCCUUGUACACGGAGGAGGAGGAGGUGCUGAUCCCUGGCCAUGAGAUCUUCUGGGUCUUCCCGGAUGAGGGCAGUCACCGCUUUGUCCUGCGGAGCACCAACAGGACCUGCAGCCACUUCAACUGCGCCUUCCUGGGGUAUGAGAAGAGCCUGGAGUGCAGGGGCAGCACAGGUAGGAACCCCCCCCAGGUGCCAUAGAAUUGUGGUAUCAUCUCAUUUCAGGGUCUCUGUGCAGGGAAGGAGGCUCAGCCUCAGCGGGGUGGUUGCAGACCCCACAGCCGCAGGCAGUGCCCGUGCUGGUGCUGCGGGGCUGAGCCAGCGAGCGGCUGACAAAGCCAU